AUGCGCUCUGUUCGGCCGACACAACGACAUAACACUUGCGAUGUUAGCUCUGAAAACAAUUAUUCAUCCGACGGUACCGUUGAUGAGGACUCGCAGAUCAGACUCAGGCUUAAGAGACGAUUACAGCGAAACAGAACCGCUUUCUCUGACCAACAAAUCAAAGCACUAGAAAACGAGUUUGAGAGGACUCAUUACCCGGAUGUGUUCGCUCGUGAAAAGCUGGCCGACAAGAUAUGUUUACCCGAACCUAGAAUUCAGGUCUGGUUUUCAAAUAGAAGAGCCAAAUGGAGACGAGAAGAGAAACUGAGAAAUACUAAUCAAAAGAAAGGCCAAACGCAGACCAAUUCAAUCAGACAAAAGGGACGAAAGCAAACACUAAUAACCGCUCAAAUCAUACCGAAGUGA